AUGCCCCGGAUCUGGUUCAUCACCGGCUGCUCGUCCGGCUUCGGUCGUCAACUGGCCAUUGCGGCCGCGCAGAACAAAGACACCGUGGUAGCCACGUCGCGCGAUCCUUCCAAGCUGGCCGAUUUGGCACCGCUUGGUGUUAUUCCCAAGAGACUUGAUGUGCGGGCCAGCGAUACGGAAGUUCAGGCGGUCGUCGAUGAUGUCGUCUCUAAUAUUGGACCAAUUGAUAUCCUGGUGAACAACGCGGGGUACAUCCUAGAGGGAGGAGUUGAGGAGUGCAGCCACCAAGAAAUCACCGACCAGUUUGACACCAACGUCUUCUCGCAGAUCCGCGUCCUCCGCGCCGCUCUUCCCUCCAUGCGCGCCCGGAAGUCCGGAGUCGUCGCCAAUUUCGGGUCGAUUGGGGGAUGGAAUGGAUUGCCAGCGGCGGGCAUGUACGGCGCUACCAAGGCUGCCAUCGCAAUCUAUACCGAGGCCCUGCGCAACGAACUAACUCCCUUCGGCAUCGAUGUUACCUGCAUUGAACCAGGCUACUUCCGCACGAACUUCCUUACCAGCGGCCACAAGAUUACUGCUAAGAACCGCAUCCUCGACCUGAACGUUAGCACCCAGGCCACCCGCGAUGCCCUCGCCGCUUACAGUCUUCACCAGCCCGGCGAUCCCGUCAAGGGCGCCCAGGUCAUCGUCGAGGCUCUCACCAAGACCGGUCGCUGUGAAGGCAGAAGCCUGCCCGGGAGAUUAGCCCUGGGACGGGAUGCUUUAACGGCCAUCAGCGGGAGUCUGGCCCGCGAGCAGGAGAUGCUGGACAACUGGAAGGAAAUUAUCGGCUCUACGGACUGUGAUGAUGUCAGUAAUUAG